AUGCAGCCUGCCAUGAUGAUGUUUUCCAGUAAAUAUUGGGCAAGGAGGGGACUCUCUUUGGACUCGGCAGUCCCUGAAGAACAUCAGUUACUCAGCAGCUUAACACUCAACAGAGCAAAUGAUGAGAAGAAAGGCAACAAAGGGAGUGGCAAGAAUGAAGCUGCUGGGGAAAGUGGAAAGACUGCAGUUGUGUUUUCUUUGAAAAAUGAAGUUGGUGAAUUGGUGAAAGCCUUAAGGCUCUUUCAGGAAAAACAUGUGAAUAUGGUUCAUAUUGAGUCCAGGAAAUCUAGGCGAAGAAAUUCGGAGGUAGAGAUUUUUGUGGACUGUGACUGCAGCAAGAAAGAAUUUAAUGAGCUCAUUCAAUUGCUGAAAUUUCAAACUACCAUUGUGACACUGAACCCACCAGAGAACAUUUGGACAGAGGAGGAAGACCUGGAAGAUGUCCUGUGGUUUCCUCGGAAGAUCGCUGAAUUAGAUAAAUGUUCUCACCGAGUUCUUAUGUAUGGCUCAGAACUGGAUGCAGAUCACCCUGGAUUUAAGGACAAUGUCUAUCGACAGAGAAGAAAGUAUUUCGUGGAUGUGGCCAUGAGUUAUAAAUAUGGCCAGCCCAUUCCCAGAGUGGAAUAUACAGAAGAAGAAACCAGAACUUGGGGAGUUGUGUUCAGAGAACUCACCAAACUCUAUCCUACUCAUGCUUGUCGAGAGUAUUUGAAAAACCUCCCUUUGCUGACUAAACAUUGUGGCUACAGAGAAGACAAUGUGCCCCAACUUGAAGAUGUCUCCAUCUUUUUGAAAGAAAGAUCUGGCUUUACUGUGAGACCAGUGGCUGGGUACCUGUCUCCUCGGGACUUUCUAGCUGGAUUGGCUUAUAGAGUGUUCCACUGUACUCAGUAUGUUAGACAUGGCUCUGACCCACUCUACACCCCAGAACCAGAUACAUGUCAUGAACUCCUGGGACAUGUCCCCCUACUUGCGGAUCCGAAGUUUGCUCAGUUCUCACAAGAAAUUGGCCUGGCCUCCCUGGGAGCCUCUGAUGAAGAUGUUCAGAAGCUUGCCACAUGUUAUUUCUUUACUAUUGAGUUUGGACUUUGCAAACAAGAAGGGCAGCUUCGAGCCUAUGGAGCGGGGCUUCUCUCUUCCAUUGGAGAAUUAAAGGUAUGUGUCUGUGCAUACAAAUGUCCUACCCGGGAAGUCGAUUCAAGAGACUUUGCCAAGUCAAUAACUCGCCCCUUCUCUGUGUACUUCAAUCCUUAUACCCAGAGCAUCGAAAUACUGAAGGAUACCAGGAGCAUUGAGAAUGUGGUCCAGGACCUCCGAAGUGAUCUGAAUACAGUGUGUGAUGCUUUAAGUAAGAUGAACAAAUAUUUGGGGAUUUGA